AAACUCCAAAUAUCAUCUGAGUCGUGUCGUUUUCAUACAACAAUUUAUGGUUCCUUCUGGAAGGAAUUACAUUCUUAUGGAUCCUCAUAAAAAGGUUGCACUGGAGACUGAGUUCUUUACAGAAUACGGUGAAGCUAGCCGAUACCAAAUCCAAGAAGUUAUAGGGAAAGGAAGUUACGGGGUUGUGGCAUCUGCAAUUGACACACAUUCAGGCGAAAAGGUUGCCAUUAAGAAAAUUAAUGAUGUGUUUGAGCACGUCUCUGAUGCAACGCGGAUUCUAAGAGAGAUCAAGCUUCUCAGGUUGCUCCGCCAUCCUGAUAUAGUGGAGAUAAAACAUGUAAUGCUUCCUCCUUCACGCCGUGAGUUCAGAGACAUAUAUGUUGUUUUCGAGCUGAUGGAAUCAGAUCUUCACCAAGUUAUCAAGGCGAACGAUGAUCUUACACCUGAGCACUACCAGUUUUUCCUCUACCAGCUUCUUCGUGGUCUGAAGUUUAUACACACAGCUAAUGUGUUUCAUCGUGAUUUGAAGCCUAAAAAUAUUCUAGCUAACUCUGAUUGCAAGUUGAAGAUUUGCGACUUUGGGCUUGCUCGAGUGUCCUUUAAUGAUGCACCUUCGGCUAUAUUCUGGACUGACUAUGUUGCUACAAGAUGGUACCGUGCACCAGAACUUUGUGGCUCUUUCUUCUCCAAAUAUACUCCUGCCAUUGAUAUAUGGAGCAUAGGAUGCAUAUUUGCAGAAAUGCUUACUGGGAAGCCAUUGUUUCCUGGGAAGAAUGUGGUGCACCAAUUGGAUAUUAUGACUGAUUUGCUUGGUACUCCUCCUCCCGAAGCUAUUUCAAGGAUUCGUAAUGAAAAGGCGAGGAGAUAUCUCGGCAAUAUGAGGAGAAAACCACCAGUUCCAUUCACUCACAAAUUUCCUCAUGUAGACCCGCUGGCCCUUCGCUUACUGCACCGUCUUCUUGCAUUUGAUCCCAAAGACCGUCCCACAGCUGAAGAGGCACUGGCAGAUCCUUACUUCUAUGAUGUGAGAGAAUUGAUCUACAGAGAGAUAUUAGAGUAUCAUCCUCAGAUGCUGCAAGAAUAUCUUCGAGGUGGAGAACAGACUAGCUUCAUGUACCCAAGUGGUGUUGAUCGCUUUAAGAGACAAUUUGCUCAUCUUGAGGAAAAUUACGGUAAGGGUGAGAGAGGCUCACCUCUUCAACGCCAACACGCUUCUUUGCCUAGGUAUACAAUUUUGUUUGUUGGUUUGUCAGGAGAGAGUCCUGCUCCUAAGAAAGAGAAUGGAUCACAAAAUCACGAUAUCGAGAACAGAUCCACAGCGUCUUUAGCCACGACCCUCGAAAGCCCUCCGACGUCACAACACGAGGGUUCAGACUACAGGAAUGGAGUGAGCCAGACGGGUUACAGUGCUCGCAGCUUGCUGAAAAGUGCCAGCAUCAGUGCAUCUAAAUGCAUUGGCGUGAAACAAAGAAACAAGUCUGAGCACGGGGAAUCGAACAAUGAUACGGUUGAUGCUUUGUCUCAAAGGUUGCGGCUCUCCACACUUGAUUCAGAGUUUGGUGAUUGAAACUUGUGUUAACAGUAGACCGGCUGAUUCUACAAUUCUUAUACAUCUCUCACAGAGAAGAAGAAGAAGUGGUAUGAUCUUGAUGAUACUGAGAGACAUGAGCUAUGAACAAAACAACUUAACCUUC